AUGGCUUCCUCUGCUGCUGCUGCAUCGAUCUCUAUGACAACUCUAAGGAACCUCUCUCGCAAUCAUCAAUCUCACCAAACCUCCCUUCUUGCUUUCUCAAGAUCCUUCCAUAACCUGAGAAUCUCAUCCAACGGUCCAGAUCUCUCCCUACGAUCAAGAGCUACCACUUCCUCCACUCCAGGAUUCUUCAGAACCAUGUGCAGCAGCAGCGAGACCUCCAGACCAACUAAAAUCCAAGAGCUCAACGUGUACGAGUUCAACGAAGGCGAUCGAAACAGUCCCGCGGUUCUAAAGCUAGGCAAAAACCCACAGCAGCUUUGCAUCGGCGAUCUCGUUCCAUUCACAAACAAACUCUACACCGGCGAUCUCCAAAAACGCGUCGGGAUCACGGCGGGGCUCUGCGUUUUGAUCCAACACGUUCCGGAGAAGAAAGGCAGUCGCUUCGAAGCUUCUUACAGCUUCUACUUCGGAGAUUACGGUCACAUCUCCGUGCAGGGACCGUACCUGACUUACGUGGACACGUUUCUCGCCAUCACCGGAGGCUCCGGCGUCUUCGAAGGAGCGUACGGACAGGUCAAGCUUCGUCAGCUCGUGUACCCGACGAAGCUGUUCUACACUUUUUACUUGAAAGGCGUUGUCGCUGAUUUGCCGGUGGAGCUCACCGGAAAACAUGUUGAGCCGUCGAAGGAUGUGAAACCGGCGGCAGGAGCUCAGGCGGCUAAGCCCGGUGCCACAAUUCAAAACUUUACCGAUUAA